CCGCCCGCCCUGCCCUGCCGCCGCACCGCCGCCCCAGGUUUGGGCCCCGAUCAUGAAGGUCCCGCUGCUGGUCUCCACGGGAAUCCUGCUGGUCGCCCUCCUGCCCUGCCAGGAGUGCAGAGCUCUCAGCAAGAGCCCGGCACCCGCCCCUGGGGCUCUGCACCAGCCAGAUUUCUUCCAGCAGCAGCAACAGCAGCAGCAGCAGCAGCAUCAGCAAACUCUGCCCGUCCUGCUCCGCAUGGGAGAAGAGUAUUUCCUGCGCCUGGGCAACCUCCACAAGAGACCCGCUGGCUCUUUCUCCGCCUCCUCCAGCAGCACCAACCACCUACAGCCCGAAGCCUCCGCCAGCAACUUUUUUCGGGCGGCGGUUCAACAGCCGCAGCAGCUGCCCGAGCGCUCGCCGGGGAACCGAGAGGACGGCGAAGCCGAGGGUGAGGCCGUGGAGAGGGAGAAGCGAUCCGAGGAGCCCCCUAUUUCUCUGGAUCUGACUUUCCACCUCCUGCGAGAAGUCUUGGAGAUGGCCCGAGCCGAGCAGUUGGCGCAGCAAGCUCACAGCAACAGGAAACUGAUGGAGAUAAUCGGGAAGUGAAACGGCCCCUCCCCGCCUU